GGCAGAGAGAGAGGGAGAGAGAGAGAGAGAGAGAAAGAGAGAGAGAGAGAGGGAGGGAGCGAGGGACAGUGGCAUUAUUAGUCCCGCACUGUCUGCUUUCAUGACUUAAACUCUGCAGGAUGACAAGCGGCUGCUGGCUUUCCGAUUGGCCGGGGCUGCCACCAAUCAGAGCACAGGCAUGUAAGGUGCCUUUAGGUUAUACCCAACCCUACAAAAAAAAAAACAGAAUCAGAGAGAGAGGAGAGAGAGAGAGAGAGACUGCAAGGAAAGAAGCAGACACCAGCUUGACAGUGUGCCUCUGUCGUUUCUCCUGUACUUCUCCGAAAUGCUCCAGCUGAGAGGGAGACCCUGCCUGCCGAGCUUUAACAGGGGACCACCGCACAUCCUGCUUUUCCUGAUGCGGAUUUAAUCCUUUCCCUAAAUAUUCUGGGGCUCCUCUGUGUUCUUUUUUUACAGUUAUUAUUAUUGCUAUUCUUUAUCCCCGCGGGACUAACUCCUUACCUGUUCUCCCAAACCCCCCCUUCGUAAAACAGCGCAACUGCAGGAAUUCACCAGCUCUCCAAAAUUCACCAGCUCUCCCACCGUGCACAGAAACCGGCUGAAGAGGGGGGAGGGGGUUAGAGGCAGUCUUACAAGUGUUCGACUUUACUUGCUUCUUUCUUUUUCUUUUAAAAAAAAAUGACCUUCCUUUGAGCAAGGAGUUGCAUUGAAGAGGAUUCGGAGCUCUUGUUUUUGGGGUGGGGGGGCAGCCGAGAAGUAGUGAAAGGAGGAGGAACGAAGGAACGCGGCAGCGAGGAAAAGGCCCGGAGAGGAGAGGAGAAGUUGUGGGAUGAUUCUGGGUGGCAUUAACCGGGCAGGGCCCGUCCCAGCCUUCCUGCGGACCCCAGCCAUGAUACAGCCCCACCUGGACAUGAAGUCCUACCUGCAGUUCCCCAUGGAGACCGCGCCCCCACCCAGCAUCGGCCUUUUCCACAACUUCAGCGCUAUGGACCCGGUUCAGAAGGCCGUGAUUAACCACACCUUCGGAGUCCCGCUGGUCAAGACCAAGCGUCCCGUCAUCUCCUGCAAUGUCUGCCAGAUCCGCUUCAACUCCGAGAGCCAGGCCGAGGCGCACUACAAGGGAAACAGACACGCCAGGCGGGUCAAGGGCAUCGAGACCUCCAAGAGCCGCCCGCAGGACGGCGACAAGGCCCCGCCCGUCCCCACCGCCUCGCCCUCCCCGCCCAGACCCCCCUCAUCUGCCCCAGAGGCUGAGCCUGGGAAGCCAGAUGAAACGUCACAACCCCUCCCACAACUGAAUGGCCCCCAGUUGGCCCCUGGAUCCCUCCCUCUGGCGGCCCCUCCCAUUCCAGACUCCACCCUCCUUCCUGUUUGUCAAGCCCUAGCCCCACCCACUGCCCCCAUCCUGCCUUCCUCUUCCUCCUCCCCCGGCUGCGUUACCCCCCGCCCUGAUCAGGGAGGCCCCACCCCUGGGCCCGCUGGAGGCCCCACCUCCAGCCCCGCCCCCAGUCCCCCGGAGUCUGAGGAGGACAAAGCCAAGAAGCUGCUGUACUGUUCACUGUGCAAAGUGGCCGUCAACUCUCUGUCACAGCUGGAGGCUCACAACAAAGGCACCAAACACAAGACAAUUCUGGAGGCCCGCAGCGGGCUGGGCCCCAUUAAGGCGUACCCCCGCCUGGGCCUCAGCCUGAGCGGGGAGCCGGGAGGGGGUGCGGGGGACCCCAACACUCAGGAACGCACCUUCCACUGUGAGAUCUGCAACGUGAGGGUCAACUCUGAGCUGCAGCUCAAACAGCACAUAUCGAGUCGGAGGCACAGGGAUGGGGUGGCCGGAAAGCCGAACCCUCUUCUUAGCCGGCACAAGAAGCACAGGACCCCGGACCUGACGUCCACUCUCCCCUUCUCUAAGGACCUCACCAAGGCUCUCGGCGCCGGCCUCCUGCCCAGCCCCCUGGCUGUCGCCGCGGCGAUGGCAGCUGCCGCCUCCUCCAGCCCGCUGGCUCUACGCGCGGCAGGCCCUGCCCACCACCCUCACGCGCAUCUAUUGCAGGGCCCGCCCCUCAGCCACGCCCUCCUGAGGCCUGCUCCGGGGCCCAUCCGCACAUCCCACGGGCCAAUCCUCUUCUCCCCGUACUGACACACCAGCACACCCCCACCCUUCCCCCAGCUACUUCCCAUCUCACCCCUCCCACCACCCAGCUUCAGCCAAUCAGGAGCACCUCCGAAUAAGCACACUGUGAAGAGUUUCAGCCUAGAAACAAUCAAGGGAAUAAACAAAAUGAACGUCAAGAAUUUGGAACGUCGUCCAUAAACAAAGCAAUUCUGAGAAGUUCAAUGAACGACUGAAUGGGAGAAGAAGAGAAAGAGGGGGAGAGGACGUCUGAGGGAAGAGAGCUCACAGCUGUUUCCCUCCCUUCUCCCAGACUCCCACACUCUGGAGGACUCUCUCCUAUGUGUCUGAACAGCAGGGUGAAACGGGUGGAGCUGUUUGGCCAGGCCCCUCCUACAUUUACACUGACCCCUCCCACAUUUCCACAGCCCCCUCCUCCCUUACACUGUGAGACCAUUACAGGAGCCUGUAUUUCCAAACCACAGUCAUAUCAGUCAGCAAACCUGCACCUUUAUGGAUGCAGUAUACACAUACACACUCCCAUACACCAGCACACACAUGGUGAUAACACACACACACAUAUACCCACGUACACAGACACACGCACAUACACACACACAGUGGUGCACACACUCACACAGACUGCAGGCCGCAGCAGAGCACCCCCUUGUUCCUGGUUCAGUGUCUUUGCGCACACCCCUAUGCACUUCAACACUAAGACACAACGUUACUUCUGUAGGGUAGCCGCUUCAAGUGAUCUUUGCUGUAAAAAACUUGUGCCCUGUGUAGCUUUGGCCUCAAAAAACACUGUAUUAAAUAUAAGAAAAACAUUAACUUCCUGUUUCUGGGGUCAGAUAGACAAGCAAUAAGUCCUUUUUCUGAAUAUAGUUGUGAUGGGACGCACUAGAGACUGGAGGCUGAACUACGGAACUGCACACCUGCAGCCUGUUUGAAUCAUUAACCCAAGGGACUCAUGUCCACCCCGCCACCAGGGGGGAGGCGAGAGCAGGAUAGACGGACACAACGGAUUAAGCAUGUUCCUGAAAGAGAAGACAACAGCAGAGAUAGUAAAUAAUCUGUUAUAUUUUUUGUGACCUGUGAGCCACUUAGGAGAACUCUCGUCUUUCAUUCAUGAUAAAUGAAGCCUGAGACAGGGAGAAAGGAAUGUUGGCUAGUGAAAAAGGUGGGGAGAUCCAGGGAAGGCUGGAAAUUGGUUAGUUUCCUCGCCUCAGUUUGGUACCAUGGCCAAUAGAGGGCGCUGUAAGCAAAGCCAACAGUCUAAUGAAAGGGGAAAAUAUUCCCUUCCAGAGCUGAGUGAAUGGGUCAACAUUAGAUUCCCGUCUCAUAGCAGAACAGUGAUUUCAGUCCUUCAAAAUGGCAUUGAUAUGGUUCAUGUGCUUUCAGACCUUUUGCAUCUGGAGCUUUUUAGAAAUGGGCAGGGCCUCUGCCUGGGAUUUAAACAAACAACAGUCUGGUUACAGGAGCAGUUUUCACACUGUGUAGCCCUGGUGAGACAGCCAUGCUGGUAAAAACCCAGAGUGGAUCUAACUUCCCUGUACUGGGAGUCUCAUUUUCCCGUUCACUCGGUUAAUCUCACUGUGAGUUUAAUGCAGGAAGAGAUUAGUCUGUGCUUUUAAACACACUGUGAGUCAGACACAGGGAGAGAUUAGCCUGUGCUGGUAAUUACACUGUGAGUGAGACACAGGAAGAGAUUAGCCCGUGCUGGUAAUUACACUGUGAGUCAGACACAGGGACAGAUUGGCUUGGCGAUUUUGUGUGUCCAUAUAUGCAGUCCUGAAACAAAUCAGAAGCACAGCCGACCAUACCCAACCUCAACAGCCUUUUAUUCCCUCUUCCUCUCGGCCAGUGAGGCGGUUAUGCAGCGCUCAGGCCACUGACUCCUUCCAGCACCGUCUACCGCCAAACAACCCUGCACUGUGAGAGAGAGAGAGACAGAUGGCUCACCAAGUUCAUCACAUUAAGGAAACAAAAUGAGCAAAAUGAUCUGAUUGGUUUACGCAAAUGAUUGACAGCAGACAGUAGCUAUGCCCACUUUCAUGGUUCCGAAAGCCUCACUUUCCAAUCGCUGAUAUGCACACACAAGUGGAUGAUGGAUAAAUAGGCAGUUUAUCCACCCCCGCUACAGGUUGCCGCCUCGCUAACCCACCAAUGUGGUCAAUCGUUGUUGUUCCUGUUUGUUGUGGACUUCCUCUCUCUCCAGUCUAAAGCCAUGCAAUGCAUCUUAUUUUUUAAAAAUAGUUUCUAUUUUUUUUCCUUUAAGAAGAAUCACAGGUUAGCCUAUCUUUUUCUUUCUGUUUAUAUUUCCUUAGAAAACUUAGAAUAAUUGUUAUGAGCAGCUAGCAAAUUUGAAAAUCAUAAAAGCAGCAAGCUAUAAAAGAAAUUGACUUUUUUUAAUAACUUACCGGCUGGGGGGAAUGCCUGAUCUCUUUUGGGAUGGAAUGACCAGGUUGUGUGCGUUUCUGUGCAUGCCUGCUGUGUGUUACGCACAACAUGUUACACACCGUGGUUGAGGGAGAGGGUCGGCUCACAGGGGGUCUACAUGCAUCAGUGUCGCCGAAGGGCAUCGUGCUACAGUGUCUUACGUCUGUUUGGAUGUGUAAGUUAUAAGUUAUAUAUCGACCAUCAUUGUCUGAGUUUAAAUGUGUUGUACAGGGUUAAAUAAAUUAAAUUAACUGAGGAGCGUAUAUGGUCAAGCAAAGCCUACCUUCCUGAGGCUAGUCAGCCAGUGUGAGGUGAUGGGACAGGUUCAAAGGUCAAGUGGACUGGCCCUGCAGAUAAAGCGGGUGAGGUAAUCAUAGUCAGAAGUGAUGCUGAAGAGAUCUGUUCAGGCUUAACACAAAAUUAGUAAAACAUAUUAGUAAGAACAGAAAAGUUAUGGUAUCCUGUGUUCAGUUUUGAUUUAUCUGUGCUGACUGAUGGCAUUUGAAAUGAAUUGAGGCUGAAGAUGGUGAACCUUCAUCUUUGUUUUGAUCAGGAAAGUCUUGUGUGUGUAUGUACAGUGAACUCCAUAGUUUUUGGGACAAAGAUUUUUUUUUUCUUGAUUUGGCACUGCACUCCACAAUUUUAAAGUUUGAUCUAUUACAAUGUGGCUAAAGUGAACAAUCUCAGCUUUUAUUUAAGGCUAUCUUUAUACAUUUUGGUUUCAUCAUGUAUUAAUUACAGUACUUUUUAUGGCACAACUCUGAUCCUCAUGUUGACAGUUGCCAAUAACAGACUUAAUCAAAAGCUUAGCAUCAAGACUAGAUUCUAAAAGCUCUCUACCUGCACUAGGAAUCAAUUGAACACACCUGACUAAUCAUAAGGACUUGUGAAGUCAUUUGUCCAAAUAAUUAUGGUGCCCUGAAAUGAGGGGACUAAGUAUAAAAAAUUCUGUAAUUUCUACAUGGUGAAACCAAAAUGUACAGUAUUAAAAAUACCCUUUAAUGAAAGCUGAGAAUCUGUGUACAUAUAAUUCUACAAAACUUUAACCAUGUCAAUUGUUAGAUUACAAAUCUAAAAUUGUAGCAUACAGAGCCAAGUGAAGAUAAAAUAUGUCUUUGUCCCAAACAUUAUGGAGCUCACUGUAUACAUGUAUGUACACAUCUGUAUUUAUACUUAAAACGUGUAUCAUUCUUGGACAUACUGGCUUCACAGUACUGUAGACCCCACCCUUUCUGGGACCUUGCCUAUCGGAAACCGGAUCUGAAGAUCAUAUCUGCCCGAAGACAGCCAAUCACUUACCUCUCUUUUAGACAGGAGCCUAGUGGGCUGGUGGAAACUGGAAGGGCUGGUUGGGGUUGGGGUUGGGGGUGAGGGAUCAAGGAAAUCCACAGCAAGAAACAAAUCGCAGCAGGCAACAGGGACUCUGGUAACAUCAACACUUUAGCCACGCGCUUUGUCAUUAAUUGGUGUGGUGUAAGUGGUGAUGGAACUUGUAAGCUUCUAGCUAGCCCAGGUCUGCAGCAGAACCACGCUGGACCCAGGAUUAGUGAGGUUGUGUGGAGUGUUCUGACAUCAAAAAACAAAAACCCAGGCACCUGCUUUUCCUGACCAUUUCCCUCCGUCCUCGAGAGAGAGAGAGAUAGAGAGAGAGAGAGAGAGAUGGCAGUUCCUUUAGCAUGGCUGUUUUCCACCAUAGUAAACAUGAUUUUAAAAGUAUCUGUUUGUUACAGAGCCUUCCGAAAGAUAAUACAUGCGCAGCUGACUUGUCUUGAAAAAAGUAGAAAUUGUAUAAAAAUAAUGCAAAAAAUUAAAAAGACACAUUUCCAGGACAGUUGUCUUAUUUGUCCUGAGGUGCUUGUGAAUCUCAGUCGUAGUCCGUCAGGGGUUAACCCCUUCCUCCCACGUCUCCUGGGACAUAGAGAGAUGAAAGUGCUUUGGCAACAAAAUUCUCAUGCCAAUUAAUGUGUUUUAUUUUUGUUGAUGUUGUUUUUAUUUUUUAUUUUGGAAAAAUAAAGUGUAACUUACGUUUGCUGAAUUGUAGCAAUACUUUACCCCUACUGGCUACUCUCGUUUAUUGCAAUAAGUAAAUCAAUCAAUAAAUACAUAAAUGAAUUAAAAAAAUUAAGAGAUGUAAUUUAAAUAUUAAAAAUGUUGUUACCAAGAGCAACUUGAGACCAUAAUGGAACUGAAUACAAAACAAAUCUGUAAAUGUCUAUAAGAAUAUGAAACCUCUAGAGCUUUGUUCUUGAUGAUUUAAAAAAGAAAAUAAAGAAUUUUAAAAUGGAAU